UUCCUUGGCAGACGUCGAGAGCCAACGUGAGUAUAAGGGUCCCGCGGACCCCGCCAUCUGCUAGCUGUCCCUCCUGCUUCUUCUUUCUUCCCCCCAUCCUUCGCCACAGCCUCUAACAGCUUUCACUCCAGACGGAAACCUCGCAUACUGAUAUACGGACACUGACACACCCACACGUCACGAUGGCCGUCGACAAGAUCGCCCCCAACGACCCGCGCGUCGAGCGCAAGCAGGCUGAGGUCAGGGGCAAGACCUACUCCUACCUCUACAGCAAGCCCGAAGGCGACGCGGCCCCCAAGGGCUCCGUCGUCCUCAUCCACGGCUUCCCCGACAUCUCGCUCGGCUGGCGCUACCAGAUCCCCAUGUUCCUCGCCCAGGGCUACCAGGUCAUCGUCCCGGACGCGCUGGGCUACGGCCAGACGGCCUCUCCGGCCGAGCUCGAGGCCUUUUCCAUCAAGAGCAUGUCGGACGACAUCAAGGCGCUCUGCGACAGCAUCAUCCCGGGCGAGCAAAUCAUCCUCGGCGGCCACGACUGGGGCGGAGCGCUCGUCUGGCGGCUCGCCAUGUGGCACCCGUCCCUGAUCAAGGGCGUUUUCAGCGUCUGCACGCCCUACAUCGCACCCACGACGGCCUGGUUCGACCUCGCCGACGUCAUCGCCGCGGGCCGCCUGACCAACUUCAAGUACCAGCUCCAGCUGCGCAGCGAGGAGGUGCCCGAGAAGCUCACCAAGCCCGAGGACAUUCGGCAGUUCUUGCAAGGGAUCUACGGCGGCAAGGGCCCCGCGGGCGAGCUCGUCUUUAACACGGAGCGGGGCAUCAUCUGGGAGAAUAUCGGCAAGAUUGGCCCCACGCCGCUGCUGUCCGAGGAGGAGAUUGCGUACUACACCGAGAACUUCAGCAAGUCGGGCAUGCGCGGGCCGACCAACUGGUACCGCACGCGCAAGAUCGACCACGACGAGGAGCUGCCGCUCGCGGAGGCGGCGGAGAAGAGCGGCGAGGCGUACAAGGUGACGCCGCCCAGUCUCUUCAUCUCGGCGACAAAGGACGCGGCGCUACCGCCGGCCAUGGCGGCGGGCAUGGACAAGCACUUUGAGGACCUGUCGAGGGGCGAGGUGACGGCGACGCACUGGGCGUUGUGGGAGGCGCCUGAGGAGGUGAAUAGGCAGAUCAAGGCGUGGAUCGAGAGCAAGGUCGACAAGAAGCCGACGGCGUCGUUGCAGGGAUGAACCACGGUUUCGGGCACGAUUAGUGAACGGCCAAUGUAGAAUGGAUUCCAGAAUCUUGACCAAGCAAAGCUUGUGCGUUGAUUGAUCCUUGAGGUCUUUCUUUGGAGUUAUGA